AUGGCGGGUGCGGAGGCCGCGGCGGUGGUGGAUUGGCACACGCGCGCGCAGAACCCGCGCAACCCCGUGGUGUUCUUCGACGUCACGAUCGGGGGCAUCGCAGCGGGCCGCGUCAAGAUGGAGCUAUUCGCUGACAUCGCGCCCCGCACCGCUGAGAACUUCCGGCAGCUGUGCACGGGCGAGAUGAGGAAGAACAAUAUACCGCAGGGCUACAAGGGGUCAGUGUUCCACAGAGUCAUCAAGGACUUCAUGAUCCAAGGGGGGGACUUCCUCAAGGGGGAUGGCACGGGGUGCAUCAGCAUAUACGGCUCCAAGUUUGACGACGAGCCCUUCAUUGCCAAGCACACCGGCCCAGGACUGCUCUCCGCCGCAAACAGUGGGCCGAACACGAAUGGCUGUCAGUUCUUCCUGACAUGCGCCAAGUGUGACUGGCUUGAUAACAAGCACGUUGUCUUUGGGCGAGUGCUAGGAGAUUCCCUCCUCGUUGUGCGGAAAAUAGAGAACGUUCAAACGGGCCCCAACAACCGGCCCAAGCUCGCAUGUGUCAUUGCCGAGUGUGGCGAGCUGUCUCGCUCACUAGCAGCCUGUCGCCAGCUGCCCCGCGGCAGCGGAUUCUCCGCAGCGUGGGGAGCGGAGGCGGACGCGUGGAACGCGGGUGCGCAGAAGCGGGGGGAGCGGAAGAGGGGUGAGCGCACGUGCGUCAGAGCAGGCGGGGAGUGGGCCACAGAGGCGGAGCGGGCGGAUUGGGAGAAGCGGCAGCGCGAGAGCGGGGGAGGGGGUGGAGGAGGCGGCAACGUGGGCGGCGAGUGGCGGUGGACGCUGAAUUGGAGUCGCAUAGCGCCCGGCAUCAUUGUCGGCUCCUGCCCUCGCAGCCCCUCAGACGUUGAUCGCAUAGUGGAUGAGAGUGGGGCAACGGCCGUGGUAAACCUGCAGUCCGACCUCUGCUUCGACGCCCUGCAGAUCCCCAUUGCUGCCAUCCGCGAGCAGGCAGUACAGAGGGGUCUGCGGCUGGAGAGAGUACCGAUCCGGGACUUUGACCAUGGCGACCAGGCGUUCAUGCUGCCGGUAGCAGUGCGCAUGGUGAAUCUCCUCAUCGCUGAGGGAUGCGAUGUCUACAUUCACUGCACCGCUGGCAUCAACCGUGCCACGCUCACAGCGCUAGGCUACCUCACCUUUGUCAAGGGAAUGGAUCUGGACUCAGCGCUCUCUCAAAUCCGCCAGGCGCGGCCAAUCGCACACCCCUACCUCGAUUGCUGGCACUCUGUCAAAGGCCGCCUCCUAGCGGGGCGGGAGGAGGAGCAGAUGGCACUGGCAACGGAGAUAUACGAGGAGCGCAGUAGGUCAGGAGGGGGAGGCAAUGCAUCCGCAGAUUGGCAGCAGGCACAGGCACGUGUAAUCCAGAGAACGUUUGAUCGAUAUCUGCAAGUGGAUCAGGGGAUAAUCAGAAGUCACAAAGGCGUCCUCCAGUUCGCUAUCAAAGAGCAGCGAGCCAAGCAGAAGGAGAAACGCCUGGGCAAUCUGGCGGCCUUGGCGUCGCUGUCUCAGGAGGAGGAGCGGCUUGCAGAGCUGCAGGCUCAGGUGCGAGCGAAUGCACAGACUGUGAAGCGCACACGGUGGGAAGCGCUGCGCUUGCAGUUGGAGGCGCAGAGGGUUGAGGGCCAGGCCCUGCUGCUGCAGUGUGCCAGACCAGAUGGCGACGGUGCGAUUGUUGAGAAACAGCUGGUUGAGUGA